AAGUUGACAGAAAAAGACAUAGGCUUCGCGCAUGCGUGGAUCGAUCGGGUAGUGACGGCCGCAUUCAACAGAUUCCUAAUACUACAAUUUUGCCCAAUCAAUAUACACAACUAAAAGUAAAUUAAUAUUCCAUUUUUAUUUAUUUACUUGCGUCUUUAUUACAAUGUGGGGGAUACUUUUCGAUGAGAACACAUUUGUAGGGAAAGUGCUGCGGAUGUGAAGAAGGUGGCUGUGCGCAUUCAAGUAUGCUAACGUUCUGAAACGUUCGCCAGCGUUUUAUUUUGUGCACAUUUUGCAGCCAAAGUGAGAUUGUUGUGAAUGCAGCCCGCGCUGGACGGAGGAGCGGCAUCACGUUGAUGGUCUCCCUGGAAGGAAUCUUCCAGAAAUGCAUUUUGGGAACAAGAUGACAUCUCUUCCAAGCGUUUAGGGGUAAUUUAAGUGACAAUGCGGGAGCUGCCUUGAGGUGCGAGCAUCCACGGGAGACGUCGCGGUGAGGCCGUCAAGGCGGCAUGGUGGAGCGGUCGGACCGAGCCCCUCUGCUGGACUGGGAGGAGGUUCCGUCCCGCGGUGGCGCAGACGGACAAGACCGACUCUCCGGCCCCUCGGCGCCGGGAAGGCUCGGGUGGAGCAGCGGUGCCUCUUCUUCCAACAGGUCCGCCUCUGCCCCGCCCGCCACCUCCAUCGCCCAGGCGGGCACGGAUGACGCGCCACACCCGGACAGGGCGCGGCAUCCCUCGGAUUCAGAAGCGGGGCACGUGCCGCUGGAGGAGAGGAUGCUGAGCUGGGAGGAGGAGAAGGACCAGAGGAUGCUGAGCUGGGAGGAGGAGAAGGACCACAUCGUGUCCGUCUUCGUGGUGGCCUUCAACACCAGAACAGGCAACAUGCUGGAGUGGUGCCUCCCCACAGACAUGGACCUGGAAGGCGUGGAGUUCAAAGCCAUUGCCAGCGGAUCCCACAGAGUCACCACAGACUUCAUCUACUUCCGCAAGGGCCGCUACUUCGGCCUGGCCUGCUUCGCCAACAUGGCGGUGGAGAGCCCGGCGGAGCGCGGCGCCAGGAUGAAGUCGGUGGGGAUCCUGUCGCCUUCGUACACUUUGCUUUAUCGCUACAUGAGCUUCCUGGAGCACCAGGUCAGGCUCCAGCUUCAGGCCCCGGGACAUUACUCGCCCCUGGAGGCCUUCUACCAGGACAAGAGGGCGCUGCUGCCCCCUAGCGGCCACGACCUUGUAACUGCGUGCCCUGUGGACGCCUGGGGGAGCGCCAUCAACCACAGCAUGCACCCGGAAAUGAAGAUCACACACCCGGCAGGCUGCAUGUCCCAGUUCAUCCGCUUCUUCGGGGAGCAGAUCAUGGUCCUCUGGAAGCUGGCGCUCCUCCGGAGGCGGAUCCUCAUCUUCUCGCCUCCGCCGGUGGGCGUGGUCUGCUAUAGAGUGUACUGCUGCUGCUGCCUGGCCAACGUCUCCAUCCCGGGGGUGGGCGUGGCCGUGCCCGAGCUCCGCCCCUUCUUCUACGUCAACGUGGCCGACAUCGGCGCCCUGGAGAACGAGCUGUCCUACGUGGCAUGCACCACGGAGAAGAUCCUGGAGGAGAAGCGAGACCUGUACGACGUCUACGUGGACAACCAGAACGUCAAGACCUGCAGGGAAGGCCUGAAGCCGCUGCUGCGCCUCACCAACGCCGACAGGGAGAAGUACCGCAAGCUCACCGAGCAGAGGAAGAUGCUGCUCUACUCUCAGGAGGAGAACGGCGACUGCGUGUCCAGCGAAGAAGAUUUGUUCAUUCUGUUUUUCUUGGAGCAAAACAACAGGAUUUUCCAAACCCUGAGCGAGGUGGCAGGGACUCCGGACCCCACUCUGACCCCGGAGAAUGUGAGGGCCAUGGGCCUGGACCCUCACGGGGACCGGCUCUUCCUGCUCCACCUGUUGGAGAUCUACGGCUUUGACACCCUGCUGAUGUCUGAGCAGCUCUGCUGCAGCUGAGAGAGCAUUUCUCAUUUUCACUUUGGCAUUUUGGACUCUCUCAAGUCUUCUGGAUCAUGUGUGGUGUUCUAGUCUUUUCCUUUGUGCUGCUUCUGAUCACGCCCUUGUUCCAGGGAAUACUCCAAACCCCGGAGAGCAUCAUGUGGCUGUUCCAGGAAAUACUCCCCACCCUGAAGAGCAUCAUGUGGCUGUUCCAGGAAAUACUCCCCACCCUGGAACAGCAUCAUGUGGCUGUUCCAGGAAUUACUCCCCACCCUGGAAAGAAUCGUGUGCCUUUUCCAGGAAAUAGUCCCCACCCUGGAGACCGGAGGCUGCAUUCUAACACAAACUGUCUUGUUCUUAUCCUUCAUCAUUUUAUUUUAACAUAAAAAUGUGAAUGCUGCCAGUUUAAAAACUAUUUUAAACUGCUUUUUGACCUCGUUUGUAUUCAAUUCAAUAAUUUCUCGCCAAGAGUUAGUCCUACCUCGGGACACAAGUUUAAUUGGUUCCGUGACACACCUGGAAAAUUCAUCAUUUGAUAUAGUCGCCAAUUAAAAUCAAUUUGAUUGGUCCACCUUUUAAAAAGUGAAAAUAACUUUAGGAUAAGAAAUAUUGCAUAAAAAAUACAAAACUUCAAAACACUUCCGUAGUUUUAUGAAGUAAUGCAUUUACCUUGGAGAGCAAACCUCUGCGCUAUCUCCGUCAGCAGCUUCUCCUUAUUUUCCUGGAUAAAUGUGAUGAAUGAUAUAAGCUAACGCUAGCAAGUAAAACAGGAUGGUCUGGGGCACACAUAAAAUCAUUUUAUCUACAGGAAUCAAAUUGAAUAAUUUAUUUCCCAUUAUUUU